AUGAAGCUCAACAGUAUAGCUAUCACAGCAUCACUUGCUGCUACCAGUGCGGCAUGGUACACGAAUCCUAUCACUAAACUCCUACGGGAGUCUUCACCUGCUGUCGAUAUUCUGCCGCCGAAGCAAGAUCCUUGGUACACAGCGCCAGCCAAUUUUGAGCAAGCAGCGCCUGGAGCAAUUCUCAGAGUCAGGUUGGCACCUGGCAAUAUCACGGAGGUGCAGGGCAACUCCAGUGCGGCGUACAACAUACUCUACCGGACGACAGACUCGCAGUAUCAGCCGACUUGGGCAGUGACGACUCUCUUCGUGCCCAACACUACAAUUCUGUUCGGCAACGAUAGAUUGUUGUCGUACCAAAUCCCAUACGAUUCCGCCGAUCUCGACGCCAGUCCAUCUUACGCCUUGUACGGCGCUGGUCUUCCCGAUAUUGGAGAAGCACUCGGCAAAGGGUGGUACGUGAAUGUUCCAGACUACGAGGGACCUUUGGCUAGUUUCACUGCUGGUAUCAUUUCUGGCCAUGCGACACUCGACUCUGUCCGAGCAGUACUGAACUCUGGAUUCGGUCUCAGAAAUGGCACGAGAUACGCAAUGUGGGGAUACAGCGGAGGCGCGUUGGCAAGUGAAUGGGCUGCAGAGCUACAAGUGCAGUACGCACACGAUCUCGACUUUGCAGGUGUCGCCCUGGGAGGUCUUACACCCAACGUCACAAGUGUCCUGCUCGCUGGCACUGGCAGCGUGUUCGCUGGUCUCAUUCCUGCCGGUAUCCUAGGACUCGCGAGCCAAUAUCCCGAACUCGAGCAAUUCCUCUUGGACAAUCUGAAAGAAGAAGGCGAAUAUAAUGCUACUGGUUUCUUGAUGGCCAGGAACCAAACACUCAUAGAAGCCAUCGGGGCGUUUAAUGGCCAAGACAUCACAAACUACUUCGAAGGAGGACUGGACACGCUCUUUGCACCGAUCUCGCAGCGUGUCAUCAAUCGCGACGGUAUCAUGGGCUACCAUGGUGUGCCUCAGAUGCCAGUGUAUGCGUACAAGGCAAUUCAAGAUGAAAUCUCGCCUGUCAAUGAUACAGACGCGUUGAUUGAGAGAUUCUGCGGUAUUGGAGCGACGAUCAGGUAUGAUCGCAACACUGUUGGCAAUCAUGGAGGAGAGGCGACCAACAACCAGCCUCAGGCUGUGGAGUUUCUGGACAGUGUGCUUGGAGGCACGUACAACGCGACUGGAUGUCAGAUUCAGAACGUUACUGUUGGCUCGUAGAGUGGUCCAUGGAGAACAGCACAGCCAGCUGUUUCUCUUUUCGUUCCUGGGGCGGCAGCAUCGCAGGCAGAGCGUUGGCAGAAGGAACAUGAUAACGAAUAGAUGAAAGUAAUGUGAACACCAUCCCGA